AUGGCAACAAACAGUGCGCGCCAGCCCGACGCAUCAAAUCCAGCACAACCACCAUCCGAAGCUCAGACCCUAAAUGGACAGACUAAUACCCAAACACCCUCGAAACACGACCGAGGCUGGAGAAGAGUAGUGCGCAACUUCACCCCAUCAUGGUUCUCCGUGACGAUGGGCACGGGCAUCGUCUCAAUCCUACUCCACAACCUCCCAUACAACGGGAUCUGGCUGUACUGGCUCUCAGUCAUAGUCUUCGCACUCAAUGUUGUCCUCUUCAGCCUGGGCUGCAUAAUCAGCAUCCUGCGGUACACGCUGUACCCCGAGAUCUUCACGGUGAUGAUCAAGCACUCGGUGCAGUCCAUGUUCAUCGGCACGUUUCCCAUGGGCUUGGCCACUAUCAUUAACAUGACCUGCCUGGUGUGUGUACCGGUGUGGGGCGAAUGGACGAGGUAUUUUGCUUGGGGACUGUGGAUUUUCGAUGCUGUUGUUUCGGUUAUGACUGCGCUGUCUUUGCCGUUUUUAUUGAUGGCUCACGGGGGUGAGAGACCGCUAUCCUCGAUGACGGCGGUCUGGCUUCUUCCUAUCGUUAGCUGCAUCGUGGCCGCCUCGACGGGCGCUAUAGUUGCCGGGGUGCUUCCCAACGAGCAAUAUGCAUUGUGGACCGUCAUUACUAGUUAUGUGCUUUGGGGUAUCGGAUUGCCUCUGGCUAUGAUGGUCAUGGUGAUUUAUCUCCUGCGCCUGACGCUUCACAAGUUACCCCCAAAGGCCGUGAUAGUCAGUGUGUUUCUGCCACUGGGUCCUUUAGGACAGGGCGGAUUCGGGGCCAUGAAGCUGGGCCAAUGCGCCCGGGAUAUCUUCCCAAAAACCCACACCCUGGUGCAGUCCUCUGGCGAAACAUUCUAUACAGUGGGCUUUCUGGUCGCGCUCAUCCUGUGGGCAUUUGGGCUGGUCUGGCUAUUCUUUGCAUCGGCCUCGAUUGUUUACAGCAAGACCUUUCCGUUCAAUAUUGGUUGGUGGGGAUUUACUUUUCCACUAGGAGUGUUCGCGGCGAGUACCGUUCAGAUGGGAGCGGAGCUGCCUUCGGGUUUUUUCAAUGUUCUUGGAACAAUACUCUCUGUAUUCGUGGUUGUGCUUUGGAUGAUUGUCAUCGUUGGCACUUUGAAAGGAGCGGUGUCGGGCAAGCUGUUCCAUGCGCCCUGUUUAGGGGAUCUUCCUGUGCCAGAAUAUGACAAGGACGUUGGCAAGACAGCUUGA